CCUUACAGUUCCUUCUCGAUUAAUUAAACGCCGCGGCGCGUUCCGCCAUAAAAACCCUACAAAUCCCGAUGCGUUUCAACACCUUUUUCUAUUUUCUAUCCUAAUUUAAUAGAUUACACACAACUUUAUCAUUUUCCUAUUCAUUUUUUAUAGUGUAAACGGUGCUUACGCUGACCGACCUAGUUCCAAGAUUUGAAGUGCGAUCCGACAAGAAAGAUGGAAUGAACUUUCAGUAGUACAAACAAUUUUAAUACGUGUUUCGUGCACGUUAAACUAAAGUAGCAGAGAGAAAUAGUAUUAAAAAAAGGUUGUGUUAUUGGGCGUUGUAUUCGGUCGCGAGAAUCAUGUUUAACGUUUAUUUCGCGUAGAAAAUGUGAGGUGAAGAAGGCGGUGUUUUCGAUUGUGUGGCCCCGGGUUUACGGUAUUGACACGAGAAGACAAUUAUCCCUGGAGUUUCGAUGAUAUAAACAUGGCUACUACAACUGUGUACUUCUCAUGUGUUUAAACGAAUGUUAAUGAUACGUUUGUUAGAAGCUAGAUAUCAGUCAACAUGAUCCUAUUUAGCCCAGGCUGUGUCUGCAAGUCAGGCGUUGGUCUGGGCAAGCGAUGAACCUCUUCGGCUGCCUAUUUCCGUGUGCGUUGGAGCGUAAUUGGUGGAGCGUCCGUAGCGACCCAUGUAUGACCGAAGAGUUUGUGCAUAGGAUGGGGGUUAACGCGUCGACGACGAGCUCUGGCGAGCCGGGUGGGACGCCUGCAGGCGUAGGGCUGACUGAUUCGAUGCCAGGAUAUCGAGAUGCUAUGGGCGUUAUUGUUAGGGAACGGAAGAAGAAAGUAACUGGUUUUGCGACGUUGAAGAAGAAGUUCAUCAGAAGGAGGAGAUCUUCGAAAACUUGCGACCAUGGUCGUAUGUUGCGCGAGUUGGUCUCUGAUUGGAGCUCGUUGGAGGUUUCUGCUCUUUUGGAAGAAUAUGAAGCGUUGGAAUCGUUGAAAGAUUUAUGUGUUCAAGCCGAACUGGCCAGGCCGGCCGCGGCAACGUUUAAACAAGAUUUAUCAGACCUGUACGAUUUUAAAUACUGUACGGAUGCUGAUUUGGUAUAUCGUGGCGCUUGUUUUCCAAUACACCGUGCACUAUUAUCAGCCCGUUGUCCUUAUUUCCGUGAUCUCUUAGCUGGUUGUCCGGGUUAUGGCGCAAGAAUUUGCUUAGAAUUACGUACGGCAACGGUAGACGUUCAACUAUUCUCUGCUCUAUUACGUUAUUUGUAUACCGGAGAUAUUUGCCCUCAUGACACAAACAUCGAUUUGAAUUUAUUGCGAAGAUUACGUGAAGAAUUUGGUACUCCAAAUGCUCUUGAAGUAGACUUAAGAUAUUUAUUAGAAACCGGAGAUUACGCCGACGCCGCUUUAGUGUUUACAUCCGACGGUUCCGAUUGCCAACGACCCGAUUCCGGAAGUUCCGAAUACGGAUUUCGUCCGAAAUUAGAAUUACCAUGUCACAAAGCUAUAUUAUCCGCUAGAUCUCCAUUCUUUAGAAACUUAUUGCAGCGACGAUCCAGAAGUGGUGAAGAACACACCGAACGUGCUCUUCACAUCCCCACCAGAAUCGUUUUGGACGAAACCGUCAUUCCAAAAAGAUAUGCCAGGGUUUUAUUGCACGCUAUUUAUUUAGAUCAAGUCGAUUUAACCCUUAUUUCUCGAGCUGGAUGUGGAGGCGGACUCGGCGAAGCUCAAGCAUUAGCGCACACCGGACGCGUUCGUCCUUCACCACUUGAAGAGGCCAUGGAGCUGUAUCAAAUUGGACGGUUUCUUGAACUGGAUAUUCUCGCACAAGGCUGUGAAGAUCUUAUACUUGACUGGUUGUCUUUAGACACGUUACCGACCAUUUUACAAUGGGCUAAACAACCUCACGGUUCUGCUUGGGUUCACAGACAAACUUUGCAUUUCCUACGCGAAGAAUUCCAACCAAUUGUGCAAUCACCUGUUCUUCAUCACCUCGACAAAGAACACUUAAUAGAAGUUUUGAAAAGUCCGUUUUUACAAGCUAGUGAACUUGAAAUAUUGCAUGCUGUACUUAAAUGGGGUGAAAAUGAACUUAUUCGACGUAUGGAAGAUCGAGAACCAAAUUUAUUGAGUCACACUGCGCAUUCUGUGACACGUAAAGGGGUAAAAAAGCGUGAUUUAAGUGAUGUGGAACUUCGUGAAAUUUUAUCAGAUCUUCUGCCAUUAGUAAGAAUGGAUCAUGUGCUUCCGCCAAAUAGCGAUGUUUUAAACCAAGCGAUACGUCGUGGUUUGGUGAGUACACCUCCUAGUCAUAUGAUUGGAGGUGAACGUGAAAAUUUACGGGUGAACGCUUGGAUAAGAGGAAAAAAUAAUGGAUUGUUUGUCCAACCGAGAUUAUUUAUGCCUUAUUAUGAGGAAGUUAAAGUUUUGGUUGAGGAUCAUUUAGUGCAAGAUGGGGAAAUAAUGCGGAUGAGAAGAUCUCGAUAUAUACCAGAUAUUCCUGAUACUUUGUAUAUGGUUGAAGAUAAACCAAGGGUACAUGGAACUGCUGGUGUUGAUGUAUUAGCUUCGUCACUUCCUGUUCCUGAUCCGGGUAUAAUGAACGCGAUGUUAAAAAGGGAACAAAAAUUAAAACAAUCUCCCAUAUGUCAGAGAGCUUUGAAUUACCCUCUUUCAUCACGGCAUGAAAUAUACAAACAAAUUCGAUUGAGAGUUGUUCGUGAAUUCAAUCUACCAGAUCCGGUAGCGGAUAUGUUAGAAAACUGUUUUUAUGUACCCGAUAAAGCUGAAAAUGAGAUUAAUACUGUUAGUCAAGAACCCGUACAACCUUCUCCCGCCAAAUUAUCUAUCGUUCGUAAUUGUUACAACCAUAUGACAUUUCCAAGACAAAGUGGAUAUCAACCACCCAGACACGAACUUCCUGCUCUAGUUCCCGAGGGUGAAUUUCGGUUUGUAAACGAACCGGAAAGUAGUUCGUGUAGCGAUGGACACCUUUCCGAUAUUAUGCCCGACGUUGCAAUGGCUACAUCAACAUUAGGACAAAUACAAUUACAGGAACAACAAGAAAUGGAAUUGGAUUUAGGUGACGGAGCGGCGCAUUUACAUGGAAAUCCUGCCGAAUUGCAAAACCCCCGUCAUGUCCCAAUUUCUUACCGUAGAUAUAACUUAAGCACUUAUCCGCAUAUUCGGUCGGACACGCAGGGCUACCACUCCAUAAUGCCAAGGUACUUAUAGUUCCGAACGAACUACGGGAAUUUUUAAGGUGGAACACGUACAUUGUACAGCUGUGAUUUCUUAAAACAUAAAAAAAAUUAACGUUUACUAGACCAGUUACAUUGUGAGGAUUCCAAAAUUUGACUCUAGUCAUUUUGAACAAAUUUUUAAAUAAAAGUUUUUCUUAAAAACUAUAAAAAAGCGAUCGAUCAAAAAAAAACCUCAAAUCUUCUUUCCUCACAGAAAAUUGUAGCACUUUUUUUAAUUCGUCUUAUGUCUUUGAUCAAAAAUAAACAUCUUUUUGAUAAAUUUUUAAUCAAAGACUUCUUUUAAUUUACUAAUUACAGCUGUUACACUGCUUUUAGCCCUAGCGUUGUUAUUAUCUCAUUAAAAAAUACCUCUCUAUAUAUCUUUCUCCAGUUGUACAAAUUGUUUUGCUCGUUCGUGUACCUGUGCACUCGAUUACAUGUUUCCGUUCGCCAAAGGCAUGUUCUUAACGAGGUGUACGCCUCAUCUGGUUGUAAUAACGUCAAUGAUCUUUUAGCGCAACUUCGAAGGUACGCUUAGAUUGUAUCUGCGUUGAUCAAAAAAAUCUAGAGCCUACUUUAGAAA